UAAGUCUAUUUCGUGGACAACGUGGGCAUAUGCUUCUUUGUUGGAGCACGCGACAGAUAUAAUCAGAAACUAUGAAACUCCUUCUGACUGUUGUGGCCCUCGUGGCCGUGGCCCACGGGGCUCCCACCACCCAGACCAUGGAGAUCGGCGCCAGCGGCGUGUCUGGCAGCCUCCUCAACAUCCCCCUCGUCGAGAUCAUCGUCAACAUGAUCAGCAAUGAAGCCGCUGUAGCCCCUGGGACUGUCAACGAGCCUGUAAUUGAAGCCGAGCCCGUCAUAGUUGUGGAUGACGCGCAGCUCCCCACGCCUGUGAUCGUCGUAGACCAGCCCGAGGUCAACCCCAUUGAUGUCGUCGCUGUCAACCCCGCGCCAGCACCCGUUGUGGUUGACCAGCCAGAGGCUAACCCAAUUGACGUGGUCGCUGUCAACCCCGCGCCAGCACCCGUCGUGGUAGACCAGCCAGAGGUUAACCCCGUUGACGUUAUCGCUGUCAAC